CAGAAUGGCUUAGGGCGCUCCUUUCUCAUACUCAAGCCACUAUGUACAGAAGCUGCCUUUUGGAAAAAGAAGCGGGCAUGUACUCGGGCACUCUCAGGAGCCCCACGGGGGGUGGCACCGCCGGGGCUGGCGGCACUGGGGGCGGGGGGAGUCCGCUGCCAGCUUCCAACUUCUCAGCGGCCCCGGCUUAUGCGCACUACAUGGGGUAUCCCCAUAUGCCCGGUAUGGAUCCUCACGGGCCAUCGCUAGGCGCCUGGGGCCCACCCUAUAGUCCCCCUCGGGAAGAAUGGAGCGUGUACCCUGGGCCGUCCAGUACAAUGGGCACGGUGCCCAUGAACGACAUGACCUCGAGCCCUGUCUCUUUCGGCUCACCCGAAUACAGCAACCUGGGCCCCGCAGGGGGUGGAAACAGCGGUAGCAGCCUGCCGGCACCAGACGGCUCGUCACUGUUCCCCAUCGACGCCGGCACUGCGGACGCCAGUUCUCCCAGCAGAAGCCGCCACAGCCCCUAUGCGUGGAUGCGCAAGACCGUGCAGGUGACGGGGAAAACCAGGACAAAAGAAAAGUAUCGUGUGGUUUACACAGAUCAUCAAAGGUUGGAGCUGGAGAAAGAAUUCCACUGCAAUAGAUACAUCACCAUUCGGAGAAAAUCAGAGCUGGCAGUCAACCUGGGCCUUUCUGAGAGACAGGUAAAAAUCUGGUUUCAGAAUCGCAGAGCCAAAGAGAGAAAGAUGAUCAAAAAGAAAAUCUCCCAGUUUGAGAACAGUGGAGGCUCAGUGCAAAGUGACUCUGGCUCCAUCAGCCCUGGGGAACUACCUAACACUUUUUUCACCACUCCAUCUGCUGUCCGUGGAUUUCAGCCUAUUGAGAUACAGCAGGUCAUAGUUUCUGAAUGAAAGAAAAUCAAAGAGAAAUGCAAAGUGCCCUUCCUUUAGCGUUGUCUUUUUGUUUUCUAAGCUAUCAGCAGGGGAGUUGGAACAUGAUGUAAUCCCUUGUAAGGCAGUAUUCAGAAUGAGUGGAUGCACCACGGGUUGAAGAUAAUUCAGGAGUCAGUUACUGUUAGAAACCAUCCCCAAAAAACUGUUGCAUGCUAUGCUACAUCAGUCACUCAGGGAGCUUGGUGGUAAGCUGUGUAAUUAAAAGCUACAAUCAUAAGCCCUUACAACUCUAUGCAAAAUUUCUGAAACUUGCUUGUGAACAGACUGUUAAAAACAAUUCUUCCCGGAUGCACAUUUGUGUAUGUGUAUUUGUGUUUGUCAUUUGAUGAUGGAUGUGUUCUUUGAUACUAUCUUUUGGGAGUGUGGAAGAGGUAAGCAGAAAUUUAUCUAUCUCCAGCUACAAUUUCAAGUGUUUAACUCAGAAGCUAACAGCAUUUUCAUAGUAAAUGUUUUUAAAAUCAUCAGAUGAUUCUCAAUCCAUUGUUGCUGGUUAAUAAAAAUAAUAAAUUAAAAAAAAACAUUUUUGUCCCUUGAACAUACU